CGCCUUUGCCCGGGCUGCCCGAAGUGCCGCCGGGGAGGCGGGAGCCCAGGGGAGGGUGCAGGAGCUGGCGGGGCGCCUCCGGGCGGCCCGGGCGCGGUGGUCCCAGCCGCGCGCGGGGGAGCUCGGCCCACAGCUGGGGCUCGACUGGAGGCACGAUUAGUCCGCUCCGGCCGCCCCUCGGCCUCCCUCUGCUCGCACCUAACCCCCGACACCCGGAGAAGAGCGUGCAAAGGCGCCGAGAGGGACGGAAAUCACAAAUAAAUAGCGGCGGCAGCAGCGCGUCAUCUGGUGGAGCAGGAAGUGCCGGCAGAGUCCGGAGGCUGGUGCUUUCUGCGCGUCCCCAGGACUUUGCCAUGGGCUGGGGGCCGCGAAGGCUGCGAGCGGUCGCGCGAGGGCAGCGGCGGCGGCGUCCGCACCGGGGCUGAGCCAGCAGAGACGCGCGCGCCGCGGGGAUGGCAGCGUCCAGCAACUCCAGCCUGUCCGGCUCCUCGGUGUCCUCCGAUGCUGAAGAAUACCAGCCUCCAAUAUGGAAAUCGUACUUAUAUCAGUUACAGCAAGAGGCCCCUCGUCCCAAGAGGAUCAUUUGUCCUGGGGAGGUGGAGAACAGACCAAAAUAUUAUGGAAGAGAGUUUCACGGGAUCAUCUCCCGGGAGCAGGCAGAUGAGCUUCUCGGAGGCGUGGAGGGCGCCUACAUUCUUAGAGAAAGCCAACGCCAGCCAGGAUGCUACACGUUAGCUCUAAGGUUUGGAAACCAGACUUUAAACUACAGGCUCUUCUAUGAUGGAAAACACUUUGUGGGCGAGAAGAGGUUUGAAUCGAUUCACGAUCUGGUCACAGAUGGCUUGAUAACACUGUACAUAGAAACAAAAGCUUCUGAAUACAUUUCCAAAAUGACCACAAACCCCAUUUAUGAACACAUUGGAUAUGCCACUCUACUCAGAGAAAAAGUAUCCAGGAGGCUGAGCAGGUCGAAAAAUGAAUCAAGAAAAACAAGCGUUACAAAUGAAGAACACACAGCAGUUGAAAAGAUCUCAUCCCUGGUCCGAAGGGCCGCCCUCACGCACAACGACAACCACUUCAACUACGAGAAGACCCACAACUUUAAGGUCCACACAUUCCGAGGCCCGCACUGGUGUGAAUACUGUGCCAACUUUAUGUGGGGGCUCAUCGCCCAAGGGGUUCGGUGCUCAGACUGUGGAUUGAACGUACACAAACAGUGUUCCAAGCACGUUCCCAAUGAUUGUCAACCUGAUCUCAAGAGGAUCAAGAAGGUGUACUGUUGUGACCUCACAACACUUGUAAAGGCUCACAACACUCAGAGACCCAUGGUGGUAGACAUAUGCAUACGGGAAAUUGAAGCAAGAGGAUUGAAGUCGGAAGGCCUUUACAGAGUCUCUGGGUUCACCGAACACAUCGAAGAUGUCAAAAUGGCAUUUGACAGAGAUGGCGAAAAGGCAGAUAUAUCCGCUAACGUCUAUCCAGACAUAAACAUCAUCACUGGAGCCCUUAAACUGUACUUCAGAGACUUACCCAUUCCUGUUAUCACCUAUGACACCUAUCCCAAAUUUAUCGAGGCAGCCAAAAUCUCCAACGCCGACGAGAGGCUGGAAGCCGUCCAUGACGUGCUGAUGCUGCUGCCUCCGGCCCACUACGAGACCCUCCGAUACCUGAUGAUCCACCUCAAGAAGGUGACAAUGAAUGAGAAGGACAAUUUCAUGAAUGCUGAAAAUCUGGGGAUCGUGUUUGGGCCCACGCUGAUGAGGUCCCCUGAGGACAGCACCCUCACCACCCUCCAUGACAUGCGGUACCAAAAGCUGAUUGUGCAGAUUUUAAUAGAAAAUGAAGAUGUUUUGUUUUAAUCCACCAGGGAAAUGAGACGAAUGGCCCCAGCCCCAUCUUGUUGAUAAGGCUAAAGGAACAAAAACACUUCUUACACUUGAUUUCUUUUUUAAACAAGUGACAGAAUUUCCUGGACCGCAGUGGAUUGUCAAGUCGGCUACUGUGUCUCAUAGACACCCGCCUCCUCCACGUGAGAACAGCAGGGGUGAGAGUGACCAAAGGCUCUGUCUUGGGUCUUUGCUGUGCCUCCUACAUAUGUCUGUUUUGCUGGAAGAGUGAUUAAUAAAUCUUUCUUUAACUUAUUAAAAAAAAACAAGGUAGAUCUUUACGCUUCAGUCUUAUCAGUAAUAAAAGGGAAUUUAAUUCAUAGAGGUACUUGAUACAGUUAUACAUUUUCCACUUACAAGAAGAAGACAAUUCUAUGUUAAAUGUUAAAUGAAACUUAUAUUGUAAAAUGUAUUUUUAUUUUAGCUGCAAGAAUGUUACUUUAUUUCAGCAAAUAGAACUCAAUGCAGUGCAUUGAUUAUGACCCUGUGUACCUUGUCCUGCUUCUUGCUGUGAUCCCUGAAAAAGUUUACCAUGAAUGCAGUAUUAUCUUGACAUACCUCUGUCCUUAUUAGUGCUUUGCAAUGGAAGUUCACCGGCCACCUGUGUCCCUGCUUUUGAUAGGUUUUGCUGUUAAGCACGGGCAUCUUGCAGUCGUACGGUAUAUGUUUAUAGCAAUUGUAGGAUGGUCUGAAACAUCCAGAUUUUCUUUCCAUAAAAGUUUUGUGAAAUCCCAAAGUAUGUUUUGGCAUUGGUCAGAGUCUUUCCUUAUCAUGUGUGUAUAUCCCAGAACAUGCAGAAUGUGGUCAUUUUACAUAAAAUGAUGUGGGAACACUGGUUGAAU